UUGUCACCAAGUUUGCCAUUGGAAGGAGAGGAGUAAUAGUAGAAUGAAAAGACCAUAUUGAGUGAAGAUUUUAUAACUGUUUGAGGGACUUUAUCAGGGUUGCUGGUUUACAGAAAAGGAGCCACUAGAGUGGAUGAAAAGGAAGCAAUAAUGGAGAAAAGGCUGUAAUAAAUUAAGGAAGUGAAGUCAUAGACCUAGUAGAAGGGCCAUGGUGGUCAGUUGAAUUUAAGUCUUUAAGGAGCUUGAAUAAUGUACAUAAAUCAAUUAGAACUGUUAUGACCCUCGGCCUACUACCUAUGACUUGAUUUUUGAUACAAACUCUCUUUUAGGCAGGCUCAUCGUCAUUUAUCAUGGGCUGCACCCCUAAUGCUUCACACUCUCCAGUCUUCUUGCUCCUUGGGUUCUCAAGAGCUAGAAUCUCCCCAAAUCUCCUUUUUCUCCUGUUCCUGGCUAUUUACCUGGCCACCAUAAUGGGGAACGUGACUCUAGUGCUGCUAAUCUCCCGGGACUCCAGGCUCCACUCACCUAUGUAUUAUCUGCUCCGUGGUCUCUCUGUGAUUGACAUGGGGCUGUCCACAGUCACCCUGCCCCAGUUGCUGGCCCAUCUGGUGUCUAAUUACCCAGCCAUUCCUGCUGCCCGCUGCUUGGCCCAGUUCUUUUUCUUCUAUGCAUUUGGAGUUACGGAUACACUUGUUAUUUCUGUCAUGGCUCUGGAUCGCUAUGUGGCCAUCUGUGACCCCCUGCACUACCAUUCAGUGAUGAAUCGUCGACUCUGUGCCCACUUACUGGCCUUGAGCUGGAUGGUGUCCAUAGUGCACACCAUGCUGCAUGUAGGACUUCUCUUGCCUCUAUACUGGGCUGGGGAUGCCAAGGGCAACGUUAACCUUCCCCACUUCUUUUGUGACCACCGACCACUUCUGCGAGCCUCUUGCUCUGACAUACAUUCCAAUGAACUGGCCAUAUUUUUGGAGGGUGGCUUCCUCAUGCUAGGUCCCUGUGCCCUUAUUGUACUCUCCUAUGUUCGCAUUGGGGCCACCAUCCUGCGUUUGCCUUCAGCUGCUGGUCGCCACCGUGCAGUCUCUACUUGUGGAUCCCACCUCACCAUGGUUGGCUUCCUCUAUGGCACCAUUAUUUGGGUCUACUUCCAGCCUUCUUCCCAGAACUCUCAGGAACAAGACAUGGUGGCUUCUGUGAUGUACACUGCCAUUACACCUUUGGCCAACCCUUUUGUGUACAGCCUCCGCAACAAGGAUGUCAAGAGCGCACUUCACAGGCUGCUUGGACGGGGAAAAGUGAUUAGCCUGCCUAAGAGCCAUUUUAGUUAGCUGAGGAAAGAAGUGGGAAGAUUUAAGCAUGGCCAGUUUUGGAAAGAUGAGGGACGGAGUUGCCUGGACAACUUAUGGAACCCCAGAUUCAGCUCUUGUUAAUGUGGUGCUCUGACAGAGCUGUGAACAUUCCACAUUCAUUCCACAUGUGCUCAGGGCUUCCUCAUCAGCAUGCCUCAGGAACCCCUUCCUCAGACCAUUUAUCUUCAGUUAUCAAAGUAGAUAUAAAUGAGUCACUAGGGCUAGAAUAUGUAAUCCCACAGUUUUGAAGAAAUAUGAGAAUAUACUAUGAAAUCUUAACUAAAUCAGAGACAGUGAAGUUAAUUAUGACCAUGUUUAACUUGGUGUGCUUGCUUGUGGUAAGUGUGUGUAUCAGAAAGUUAGGGAAAGGGAACAAUUUAGGCAAAUAGGGAUGGCAAUUUUACACCUGUUCCAUUCAGUGAGCAAAUAUAUGCCCAGAAGUGAGUGUGAAAUGGGGGCCAUGAUUCUACCAUUCCAUAUCUUAGCCUCAGUUUCCAUGAGCCUGCCGUCGUGUGAUCAUCUUAUUCUGAUGUGUAUGAUUUCUAUUUUUUAUAUUUUAAAUUAAUUUUAUUUACAUUUUCAAGUAAGAUAUAGAGAGAAAAUGUAAAGUUUAAUAGUUUUCUGAAUUAAACAAAGAGCAGCAAACUGUUUCAACAGUGAAGAAAACAAAAUGGCUGUGCUUAGCCUGUUGGGAGGUGGACUUGACUUCUAUUUUAUUGGCGCCUAUGAGAUUUAGAAUAAUAAUUAAAAAUAUUUUGAACCCUUUUUUUAUUGAAGUAUAGUUGGCACACAAUGUUACAUUAGUUUCAGGUGUACAACAUAGUAGUUUGAUAACUCCAUGUGUCAUGCUGUGCUCACCGAAAGUGUAGAUGCCAUCUGUCACCAUACAAUGCUGUUACAGUACCAUGGACUACUUUUUAAAUAUAAUUGAAAUACAACACUGUAAGUUUAAGGUGUAUAAUAUGUUGAUUUGAUACAUUUUUGUAUGGUAAUAUUAUUACAGUAGUCCCCCCCCCCUUACCCCGAAGGGGGAUAUGUUCCAAAACCCCCAGUGGAUGCAUAAAACAGCAGAUAGUACUGCACUCU